UCACAGGCAGAGCCAGGGCUCAACCUCAGACCCCACAUCCUUCCCUGCUUACCAGAGGCCACUGAGCCUGACCCUGGACUAGCGGAGUGCUUCCUUCAUGCUGUUUUGCAUUUCCGUUAGCUGUCUGUUCUUCCCUUCCCAGGCCCCUGGCAUCUUCACCCUCUUUCCUGCCCUUUAGUUCUUCCCACUCAGGCUCCUCCCUUUGUCCUCGGGGGAGUGGCCUCACCAGGAGUAGGGCCCAAACAAGGCGUCUAGAAACUGCCUCGGCACAGCCAUUCCCUAGUCAGCAGCGGCUCGCAGAAAGCACCGCUGCGCCAAGGUGAAAUCAGCCAGCGACCUCCUUUCUAGCCUUCUAGGAGGAAUCCUGUGCCACCCACCGGGCAACGUCCCAAGCCAUCUUCCCCAGUGAGAUUUCUCACCAGACACCCAAACUGGAUAAAAGUUUCUGGGAGAGGAAGCAGGUCUGGGCCGCAGUCUGUGGUUGCAUCAGGGGCCUGGGCGUGCGUCAACCUCACGGGUAAUCUCUAGUGCCCCCUGCUGGGGAAAAGCUGGAUGUAAGCAAAUAUGAAUGCUUCUCUGGGUACCUGCCUGCAGCUGCAGCUCUCAAACCCAGGACUUCCGAGGCCUGAGGAACCAGGAAGUUGGAGGGACAAAGAAUAUCCGGCCAUUUGUAAAGUUCCAGCUGUGGGACUUCGAGGACCAUUUUUAAAGCGCAGCCUCCUUGCUCUGCACUCCCAACGAAGCCAGCAAAAGACCCUCCUCCGUCAGAAUUAGGCAGAGGAUGAGAAGGACCUUGGCCGCGUCCUCUGUGCCGGUGCCGCCUUCCUCAUGCUCCCCUCAGGGCCAGCUCUUGGCUUCCCAAGGGUCAGGAAGCUUUUGACAGAGCAGAGGGAGCAUAAGGAAGACGCUGAUUACAGAUGGGGUUCAGCUGUGCUGCCAGCCCUGGAGCCUCAUUCCAUGUCAGCGAUGAGGCAAGUGUGAAAAAUGGAGCGUAAUAGAGACGUCACACGAUCUCCCGGGCCCUCGACUGAGAACCACCUUGCUGUCCAUCCAGCUGGAAGUGCCAGUGGCUGAUGAGGCAUGCUUGACCAGCUCAGCGCUCUUCAGAAUGAGGAGUACAUCUCCCUGGGGGCCCUGUGUGUUCACGCAUGUGUAUGGUGUGUGUGUGUGUGUGUGUGUGUGUGUGUGUGUGUGUGUGUGUCUGUAUGUGCGCGCGCGCGCGCCUCGAGCGCGCACACAGCUUUACAAACUGUGAGGCACCCUGGUUUUGGGGGCCCAAACUAGCCAGCUUUCCCCUUCUGGAUCUGCUGGCCUAAUUCCCAGCUGCAGCUGCCACCUUGGGUCCCCCUCCCCAGGGCAAUCUCCCUGCAUAUUCGACAGUGUGGAAAGGAGGGGCUGAGGGAAGGGGAGAGAAGCAGGGAAGGGGCACUGCUCUAAUGCUCUAAUCUGAUGUUGAUGAUCCGAGAGGCUUCCCAGCGCCAAUCUACUCUCCAGGGGAUUUUUUUCCGGGGCCGUGCACUUUUCCCUUCUGCCUUUGUCUCCUUAAGAAAGUGACCAGAAAGUUAAACCUAGACACACAAACACACAUUCAAACCACCAGGAAAAAAAAAAAAAAAUCAGCAGGAGCAGCCAGGCAGACGAGCACGCGCGCUGGGGCUUAGCUCUGUCCUAGAGGAAGAGCGGCCCUGGCGGAGAGUCGCUGGGGUUGACAGUGAGCCAGACUGAGGUCUUCUGGCCCCCAGGAGCCUCCUUCAUGGACCCAGAGAUCGCCAAAGGGGCUGUGUCAGUGUAGGAUGGGCAACUGUGUCAAAUCACCACUAAGGAGCCUCUCGAGGAAGGUACGUUUUUGGAGCCCCCGAGUCCUGGCGCUGGGGUUGGGGGCGUCUUGCUGCCUACACCUGAGGGCAUGGAAUGGGUGGGCCUCUGAGGUUCUGUACCCUUCCCAGGGUGUCUGUCCAAAACUGUGUCCCUGUUCCAAAUUCAAGAUACCCUCUGUUUGCGGAUUCUUGUGUUCUAGGCUGGCUCUGAGCUAAAGAUAGGGCUUGAAGCUGCCUGGGAUGGGGGGUAAUGGGGUCCGCGAAAGCCAUAUUUGGGGUUCACGUAAGAGCUAAGGAAGAAAGCCUGUGACUCUGGGGCUCCAGGGUGUAACAGGAAAAGUGUGCAGCCUUAGGAUGUGGGGUGUGCCACCCGAGACUCUACAGAGCAGAGACUCUGCAGAAGCAGGCCCAGGCUCGGAGGGUCUGCCUCCCUCACCGCUGCUCUCUAAGCCGGCGGUUCUCAAUUUCCUCGUGCUGCAGCCCUUUAAUACAGUUCCUCGUAUUGUGGUGACCCCCCCCCAUAAUUUGUUGCUACUUCAUAACUGUAAUUUUGCUGGUUAUGAAUCGUGAUGUAAAUAUUUUUGGAGCUAGAUUGCCAGAGGGGUCUCCCCCGACAGGUUGAAAACCAGUGAUCUAAGCCUUCAAAACUGUGGGAUUUGCAGGGACCAUUGCAUUAACCAAGCAAUUUCUCCUUUUGCUUCUACCCACAAUAAUGCUUGAGCCAGGUGUGGGAGUGUCAAAGGACCAGGUCAUCCAAGAGCCCUUAGAAACAGGGACCCCAAGAGAUAUGUGGGUCAGGAGUCUACAUGAGUGUCGCUCUUCAGGGUGGAUUUAUUGCUUAUACGCUAGGAUGAAAUUCCUUUGGGAAAGCGAGUGUUUUCUCCCUCGGGUGCCUUUAGGAAGGUCUGGUAGCAUCCACGGCGUGCUUGUUUCCGGUGGGAAUCUGCCUGUAUUGCUAGCCUACAGUCAGGUCAUAGAGUGAAAAAGAUAUCUGCCUCCCGUGUUUCCAUUUUCCAAAUAAAUGUGAUUGCCAGUUGAGGGGGCGGGGACUGGAGGGUCAGGUGACCCACCUCAGGUCUUGGAUUGGCUGAUGGAGCCUUCACUCAGGUCCCAUCCCAUCUUUUCCAUUAGGUUUCUGACCUCUCAAUUUAGGACACUUGGGGCUUUUUAGCCUGUCGCCUUUCCUCGUCUGGCUAAGCUGCUCACAUCAGAUUCCAUUUAAUCUUCGCUGCUCCUUGGAUUGCUCGGAGGGGAGGGCUGAUGCUGCCUUCCAUUGUGUCUCACGGUCUGUCAUUCUCUUAGGGGAGGCUUCUUAGGGCGAUUCGGGAAAUGGAAGCCGAUCGAGGAAUUAGAGGAUCACCAGCAAAUGCCAGCUCAAAGGGUCUUAAGCUUGAGUGUCCUGUGCCUCCUACCAUCUUCACUUCCGCUGCUUAAGUCAGACCACAUGGGCCUCCUCUUUCUGGCCAUAUGAUCUUGGACAAAUCACUUAACUUUCAGAGACUUAGUUCCUUUGCCCAUCGAUGGGGAGCGCUGGUGCCCACCUGGGUUUCUUUGACCAUGUGUGUAUCAAUGGGAUCAAAUCCAGAGACUUUCACAUCCCACAGGCCUGCUAUGUAGCUCUUCACUGCUUGUUUUGUUCUGCCUUUUGGAAACAAGUGCUUGCUCUGAAACCUAGGCCCCAGCCUCUUGAGUAUUGUGAUCACAGGUGUGAGCCAGCACAGUUUGCUCAUAAUACUUAAACUUUUUUCUUUCUUUUUUUGUCUCUCUCUCUCUCUCUCUCUCUCUCUGGUUUGGUUUGGUUUUUGUUUUGUUUUGUUGAGACAAGGUUUCACCAUGUAUCUGUGACCUGUCCUGGAAUUCACUCUGUAGACCAGGCUGGCCUCCAACUCACAGAUCUCUGCCUCCAAAGUGUUAGGAUCAAAGGUGUGCACCACUGCACUCAGCGCCUAAUAUUUAAUGUUCAAAAUUAUUGUGCUAUUUGAAAUGCCAGCUGUGUAGCCCUAGACACAUGUUAGGAUUACCGUUCUCAUCGGAGAGAGAAAGGAGCAGGCAGUGGAAGAGAUGAUUGAUGAGUAUCACUGCUUUCAGAUUCAGCUUUUUGUAUUUUGGAGUUGUUUUGUGUGUGUGUGUGUGUGUGUGUGUGUGGUUUUUGUUUUGUUUUGCUUUGCUUUGCUUUGCUUUUUUUUUGACAUGAGGAUUCUGUUUGUAGCUCAGGCUGGCCUGGAACUCAAGAUCCUCCAGGCUUAGCUGAUAAAUGUUAGAAAUAUAGCAUAGACAUGAGCCAUCACACCUGGGCAGAAUUUACUACCCAGAACCUCAUGCAUGCUAAGCCUGUGCCUCUACCACUGAGCCACAGGGUAUUGGCCAAGGUGCUGAGCCAAUUGGAUAAGUGAUCAUAAAUCUUAGGAAUCAUUUCUUUUUCUGGAUUAUUUAGAACAUAUCAGACAUCUGCCACCUCAUUUGCUCUUUGCUACUGAAUAGUCUCUUGGCCAGUUUGCAGAGAAGGGAGCUGGGCACAGAGAUAAGAAUUUCCGAGGUCACUCUGUCGCUAGCAAGCAGAGCUGGGAUUUAGAGCCUGCACUGUGUGAAGUCAGAGCUGGCAUUUUAUGCAUGCUUUUUCUUUCUCCCACUGCCAGAAAUGUUAUUCAUAAAUUCCAAAAUGUGACCUUCGCGAUAGUCUAGUCAGACUCCGUACUCUGUGCAGCAAGAUGCCCCCUCCUAUCUCAUUAAAAAUACACCCUUUAAGUUCUCCUUGACCAUGAGCAGGGAGUUUUGACCUGUGUGCCCUCCACCAGCUUGUAUUGUUAGAGAGCCAGAGAUCACGACGUUCUCUAGUACACUGGCCUCUCCUGGUUCCAGGCCAGACAUUAUUGGCCCCUGGCUCGGCUUCUUGAGUGGAAGCUGGGGAGCUGGAUAUGGUGAUAGGUAGCCCGCUUCAGGCCCUGAGCUGGGCAGGACCAGGCUGUCAGGUGCCAUCAUUGCUGGCUGGGGAAGAACGGCUGCCUCCUGGGGCAACUUGGUGCCAGGCAGAGUUAUAAUCAAGAGAUGCAGUGGAAAUUCCCCAGCCACCGCUGGCUUAUUCUUCGUGGGAACAAAUUCCUCUGUACCCUUCUCGUUUCUGUGCGGAUUGGCAGAUGUUCCCCACUCCCUCUGGAGCCAGAAGUAAAUGCCUUCUGGCUCCCAACAUCUCUUAACUUGCUCUACCAAUAUCAUCAUUGUCAUCAUCGUCGUUGCUGUAACUACGGCAACUCCAGUCGUUUGGCUCUCAUUGGGUUCUAAACAGUACGCAAAGCACUCCAUAGCUGCAGCUCAUCCGGUGCUCACAAGAACCUCAUGGAUACCGAUGAUUACCCCCCAAGUGUGGGGCACGGGGAGAUGAAGAGCCGAGCCGCACAAGAUCACACAGCUAGCAAGUGGCAGAGCCAGAGCCUUUCCCAAGAUGGUGUACAGAACCAGCACACUAAACCCUCUUAGGAUUCUGUGCCACCUGCUCCUCUUCCUCCUCCUCCUCCUCCUCCUUGGGCUGUGCUUCUCCUGAGCCAGCAUGUGUGAGAUUGAGCCAGAAACGGAAAGUCUGCUUUUCCACAAACAUCUUCAAUAACAUUGUUUCCUAGUCCCCCACUCCCACCCAGUCCCAGGUUUCCCAUGAAUCCCUUCUGAGAGGGGAGGGCUGUCUGGCCUUUACUAGUUCCAUAAGUUCGGAGGUGUGAGUGUGAAUGGAGCAGAGAUUUGACUAGAAUGAACCUUGGUCUGUCAACAUGUUCAGAGAUCCCCUGAAGCCAACCCUUGAGCCUCGGUCUGAGUCACUGUGCCUCCUUUUGAGGAACUGAAAUACUGUUCCUCCCUCUCUAGGUCUAGAAGGGGCUCUGGGUAUUUGGAAGGACUUGGGAUCGAGUCUCCAUCAGCAGCUACCCCAAACCCCUGGAGGAGGGCUUAGGGGAGAAGCACUAGAGGAUAGGAGGAUGAGAGAGGUCCCAACAGAGCAGGCUGCCCUGUCUGCAUGUGCCCGUUGCUUAGCCGGAGGCAGCUAGCCGGAAGAGAGUAGAUGGGAUGCCAAGUACACAGCUCUGUGUGCCUCAGACGGACAGCUCUCCUGGGAGUCCAGCUACCCCGCCUGCCCUUGGGGAAAGUUCUGCUACAGACUCCCACACUGAAGAGGGGCUGUCCCUCGAAAGGCACAGCACUGGGACCUGGACUCUUGUGAGGCACUGGAGGCCCCGGGUCCAGACACAUGUUGUGUCUAUAUACUGCCGCUGUCCUAAGGGGAAGGUCUGUGGGGCAGAGCUGACUUUUUAUAACUGUGUGGGAAUCUGCAGGGAGGACGAAAGGCUGGCUGGGGCCCGAGAGCACAGCUAUAUUCGGUCAGCUGGCAAGGCCCAUGCCUCAGUCUCCUGAGGUCAAGGAGGCCAAGCCAGCCUGGGCAUGGAGCCAGGGACAGAAGGAGGGUAGGAAAGAAAAACUGCUGGAAGACUGCCCAAUCGUGGGCUCACAAACAGGUGGGAUCUGGCUACAGGUGGCUCCUGUCCCACUGAUGCUUUAGGAGCAGACUUACCACCUGUGCGCUGGCGUGCAGUAGGUAGCACUACCCAUCACACAGUGUGCGUCUUGCCCCCAUCCCGACCUCUCACAGCUUACCCACCCCCUCUGUCAUCCAUGGCAUCCGUUUGUGACUUGCAGAGGCUGUUUGUCCUCUGUGUAACCAGCUCUGCUCCUUCUCCCCGCCUUCCAGUGGGGCUGGGGGUGGUGGUGGUGGCGGUGAGGCAGCUCCAGCUAGAGCAGGGUCUGAGUCCAUCAGGGCUGGGAGACAGGGUGUAGGUCCGAGGGUGGAGCUGGGAUGCUGGAGUACCUGGGAGAGGACACGGUUCUACGUGACACCCUUGAGUUAGGGUAGACACCUUCCUCCGCUUCAUUCUGAACUGUAUGCACACAAGUGUGUGAUUCUCUGUAUAUACGUGUGUCAGCGUGUGUGUCAGAGAGAGGGUGUGUGUGUGCGUGCAUGCGUGAGCACUCCAGCACAUCCUACUUGAAGCAUCACAUCUAGCUCUACAUGGCACAACUAUUUCAGCCAAGGACUGGCGUCUCCUUCGGUUGGAUCAAUUAGAUUCCUGCCCUUGUUCAUGUUAAAGCUCUCAGGACAUCACCAUAUGACUCUCAAGGAUCUUCUAGAAUGGACAGCCAGCCUGGGGCUUGGGAGGGCCCAGGUGAACGACAAGGUGACUCCUCACCCCUCUUUUUAUUUGCUUGGUGCUGGCUGAAGAUGCGCCAGGAGGAGAAGACCAGCUACAUGGUGGUGCAGACAAGUGAAGACGGGCUGGCAGACGGCGGGGACCUUCCAGGACCACUCAUGAUGCUGGCCCAGAACUGUGCCGUCAUGCACAACCUGCUUGGUCCUGCCUGCAUCUUUCUCCGAAAGGGUUUUGCUGAGAACAGACAGCUUGUACGUCCACGCAGACCUCUGCUCAGUUCCAUCACCUCCCACCUACUUCCUGCUGCCACGGGGAUGCCCCAAUCGGAUGGGCAUGUUCUAGGUUUCUCGCUGCUGCUAAUGGGACCUGUUCUCUUGUUUCAGGACAGAUCAUUACGACCAGAGGAGAUCGAAGAGCUCCGAGAGGCCUUCCGAGAAUUUGACAAGGACAAGGAUGGCUACAUCAACUGCCGGGACCUGGGGAACUGCAUGCGCACGAUGGGCUACAUGCCCACUGAGAUGGAGCUCAUCGAGCUGUCCCAGCAGAUCAAUAUGAACUUGGGUGGCCAUGUGGAUUUUGAUGACUUUGUGGAACUAAUGGGACCUAAACUCUUGGCGGAGACAGCAGAUAUGAUUGGUGUAAAGGAGCUGAGGGACGCCUUUCGGGAGUUUGACACCAAUGGCGAUGGGGAGAUAAGCACCAGUGAGCUGCGGGAGGCCAUGAGGAAGCUUCUGGGCCAUCAGGUGGGGCAUCGAGACAUAGAGGAAAUUAUCCGAGAUGUGGACCUCAAUGGAGAUGGACGAGUGGACUUUGAAGAGUUUGUCCGGAUGAUGUCCCGCUGAGGCCGCUGAGGGACUCCUCCAGGACUGCCAACUCCCACAGGCGGGGAGAAGAGCCGAGCUCGCCUCACCCCGCAGUAGCUGCCGAGAGCCCGGAAUGUACUGGCGGAUGGGGCCUGCCUGCACCCCGGGGAGGUGCCCACCCCGGACCCCCACCCCUCCGCACUGUGAAAGACUCACAACUCCUGCAACUGGAAAAGGGGGCGCCCGCCGGCGAGGAGGCCACAGUGCCAAGCCGGUAGAGGACAUGCAAGGCGCCGAGUGCCAUGUGCCCAGCCGCUGCUGGCUGGGUGGGCCAGGGAGCUCGCCAGCAGCCCCACACAGCAUGUGUGCCCCGGGGCAGAGCCUUUCAGCGCCCUCCUGAGCUCUAUGCCCGUCCCAGCUCGCCUAGCCCUUUGAUCUCAGAACCAAUA